AGUCAUGCUUUGACCUUGGUUAUCAAUAGCAUGUACAAGGCGACCUAUGUAAAUCGACAAUUCCCAAAUGUUGAUCCGAUAGAUCUGCAUACCAUAUAUCUACACAGAACGUGCGUAAACAAGCAAUGCAGUUGCACGCUGCGGCACUGGCACGCUCAGCCUAGCGGCAACACGGAAACGAAAGUUCGUGUCCCAACUCAUUUAUCACCAAGGCAACAAGUCAAAGCGAAACAGUGGGAGAGGAUCCAUGAGGAGAGCAAGGUCGGAGCGUGGUCGGAGCCGAUGGAGCAUCGGGAGAGGGUGUGCGCGCUGUCAUGGUAAAGAGCGCGCAAAUGGGUGGAGUCACGGCAGCGGGAUGAGGAAGAUACGAUCGACAUGUUCAAACUUGACCUUGGACUAGUGCCUUCGACGAACCGACCCAAGCGAAGGAAAACGCGGGUAGGUCACGCGUUCUGCCCCCGGCACCGCGCGAUCUUCCGUCUAUCGCGUUCCCCUCCUAGCGACCGCAUCUCCGACACAGAUCGGCGCGACUGCGGCAUCAUCGCGGCCCCUUUGCUGCGCGCCCGCUUGUGUUCCUUCUUAUGGCAUGGAUCGACUCCGUUCUCGCGUCCUUCCUGCACAACGUCUUCCUUCCUUUGAUCGUGCUCAGCAUCUGCCUCAGGUACGCGCUCCAGCGCGACUAUACCACGCGACGACUCAAGUUCAAAGCAUGGCUCUCCAACUACAUGUCGUACCGGGAAACUGGGGCUAUGCUCGAGGCUAAGGAGAUUCUCUUCAGCAAACUCGAGUCCAUCGUCUCACGCGACUGGUACCUGCGCAACCUGGGGCUCAUCCGGAUCCUCGAGAUCGGCGCGGGCUCCGGUUCGAACCUCGCUUUCUACCCCCGGAACUGUCACCUCGUUGCCGUGGACAGCAACCCGUUCACAGCCUCAUACCUACGCCGAAAGUUGACGCGCGUUCCAGUGCUCCUCGAGAUGUUUUUGGUGCAGAACGGCGGCUCGCUGAAUAAUGUCAAGAGCUGUUACGUGGACGCUGUUGUCACCACGCACGUGCUAUGCGGCGUGAAGGACUUGGACGCAAUCCUCAAGGAGAUCGCCCGCGUGUUGGCGCCGGGUGGCAAAUUCUUCUAUGUGGAACACAUGUGCCAUGAUCCUGGCGACUGGCGUCGCUACGUGCAGAUGCUCGUUAACCCACUCUGGCGGAGGCUCUUCAACGGCUGCAGCCUGACGCAGGAGUUGCAUGACAGCAUCCAAAAGUCGGCGCACUUUGCCUCUGUAUCGCAGUGCAAGGUCUAUUCAGCGCGGAGCAAGUUUGUUGGCAUUUUCCUCAACCCCGUCCUAGUGGGCAUCGCAACCAAGAGAGAGUUUGUGCGGAGGAGGCCGAUGAAGUUGAGCAAUGCCUUUCUGACUACACGGGCGAUGUAGAGCAGUCGGUGAUGUUUAAUGCAAUCCAGACUACUGAUGUGACAUUUUCGACUUUUCACUUUUGUGCGUUGAAUGGUAACGUUCCUGCACCUUGAAACCCAAGAAAAGAUACUGGUAUGCCUCAGACCCUCCUAAAUAAAUAUUUGCUAUAUAAUAGCUGUCUGCGAAACAGUUUCGAUUUCGUUUCCCAGAAGGUGUAUGUAUCGUGACACAUAAGCUGGUCACUUGGGAACAGGAUAUUGCAAUGCUUUGUCUCUACUCCGGUUCACUUUGUCAUCUGCUAUGCUGGUUCUCACUGCGCAGCCCUAUGUUGCAGCAUAGCAGACGACAGAGCAAGCACCAAAAGGUUGCAAUGUCCUGCUGCCACGUAAACCAGCUUCUGUGUCAUAAUGCAUACACCUACUGGGAAAUUAAAUCAAGACUGUUUUGUAGACAGCUAUUACAGUAAAUUUUGUUUAUGGUAAUAUGAGGCACAACUGUAUUUUUUCUUCGGUUGCAAGGCUUGGACACGUCAUUAAGAGGGAGCUUUAGCUCAGGCCCAACUCCGACACAGUCUAUUCAAAUACAUGUAAAACGCAAAAACACUUUUCUGAGAUAACCCCUGGACCAAUGUUAAUGAAAUUUGUUGUAUUUGAGAGAGAAACUUAAAUUCUAGUGACUGUUGGAAGCAGAAUUUCGAUUUAGGGCCUGAAUUUUAUGAAAAGUAUUUUCAAAAAUUUGGAAGUUUGAAAAAUAUAGACACACAAAGUUUAUAAAUUAAUAACUGUGCAUCAAAAACAGAUAUUGCGGUUCUGUAGACAGCAUCCAUUAGAUCAUUCAAAGCGGACAAAUUCGAUAUGUCAAUUUAUAUCUUAUGUGAAUCUGUUACGUUGUGUACAAGGGUUCUGCAGAAGUUGUAUUUCCAUAUUACUGAAUUUUUUCAGUCAUGUGUCACAUAUCGAUUUUGUCUGCUUUAGAUAUACUAUCAGAUGCGAUACACAGAAUUGUGCUAUCAUUUUUCUUUGCUGAGUUAGAGUUGUAAACUUGAUAGUUUCAUAUUCUAAAAUUUUCAAUUUCUGCCAAUUUUUAAUAAAAAGUUGACCUAAGUAAACACUUUGAAACCAACAGUGACUAGAUUAGAAGUUUUUCUUUUAAAUGCAACAAACCCCGUCAAAUUUGGUGCAGUGGUUGCCGAGAAAAACGAAUUCUCCUUUCACAGGUAUUUAUAUAGGGGCAUCCGAGCUAAAGCUUCCUCUUAAUGCACAAAAAUGAAAAGUCCGAAAUGUCCUGACAGUACCCGUUUAACACACGUAAACCUUCAAGCUUUUCAUCAUUAUGAUCCCUGCCCUCAAAACUUGGGCUGUGAAAGCCUGUGGUUUCGAUGAGUGAAAUUCCUCUACAUGGAAAUUUGCCAGUUUUACAAUCUCCUGCAAAGGAAGUGGACAGGUAAUAUCCUGGCUGUGUGCUUACGCACAUGCACCUUAGCAUUUAUAAAUGUUACAAAAAAGGCAGCUGCUUCGUGUUGCAGCAGUCUCGCAUCUCAGGCACAGCUAGUCGGGCAUGUCACGCAUGGCCAUGCCACAUAUUCAGGAAUUAAGGGCAUCAACCAUGAGGGCCCUCUGGUGGCCGUGAACUGUAAAAGGUAAUGUUGUUUAAUUCCACAGGAAUUAGACAUUAUAUAUAUAUAUAUAUAAAGAGCUAAUCAACUGGCAAUGAAGCUGAAAGCGGCUGAAAAUUUAUUUUACUUUGCUAGUCACUUGUCAGCUAGUGAGCACUACUGCCUUCUUGCUGACAAAAACCUCUUAUAAAUAGCAUUCACUGUUCAGUGUGUGGAAAUAAUCUAAAUGUAGAAGUAUUCUUUACAUGGGAAGAAGAACUGAAGAAAUUGAUAGAUUAACUGGAGAGUCUCAGUGGUAAGUGUAACGACCAGUGUAAUGGAACAGGAAUAGGACCAUCUGCAGGUAGUUUUAUCUGAUAUAAAAUUUGCAAGGUGUUGUUCUAAGCUAAAUGAGAACUCAAUUUGAUUUCCAUUUGUUGCGUGUAUCUUGAAAGCAAGUUGCACAACUGUGGGGUUAACGUCAUGUCAUCCUGCUGCUUGAUUCUGCUAAGAAUAUUUCCUAUUUUCUCAGCCAUACUGCUUGUUGUGGCUUUCAUUGAAGCCAGAACGUGAGAGAGAUUAUGAAUUUGCAACUGAGCUCUUGUUGUAGGCUGUACAUAAGCUGACAUGCCUGCCGUGCUUUAUUUGCUUCGAUUAGCUCGGAACAGUCUUUCGUUAAUCGCUUCAACUGCUGGGUUUCUGAGAUUUGGAAGCACUUAUGAAGCUGCUGAGCCCUGCUGUUUGGGCCAUAUAUGAAAAAAGCAACAGGGUACUUUGCAUGCCUCUCUGGCAUAUAGAAACAUUCCUAGUAUUGGUGCUGUUGGCCUUUCUUAGUCAAUACAGUCACUGCUUACUUUCUAGACUAGCAUUCUCAGAACAUUGCUGUUUUCUCAGAAUUUCAUAGCGCUGAGCAUCCAGUAACAAGUUCAAAUUUUCGGCAGCAGAUAAUGAAUUUGUGCACUGGCAAGCUGCCAGAUUUCAUUGUGCCCUGAGUUAUGCUGGAGUACGCUGAGAAAGUCUAAGACACAGGACACUAAGCGCAGGCAAACACUGUACGAAGCAAAACAUAGGUCCUAUUGUCACGACUAAAUUGUGAAAACGGCCAGAAGCAGGCGUGGAAAUGGCGCUGUGACAGCAAGUAGUCUUCUAUUCCUCAUCCUCUGUAACCGCUGUUCUUGUUGGAGUCGCUGUUGUCAUUGUUGUCUGGCAUUCGGACAUGGCAGUAUGCUCGUGUACAGAGAAUGACCUAGCCGAGCGAGUGAUCUCACUGAUACUCAUACAGUUUUUAUACUUACCAAAGCAUAAUUAUACACUUGUACCUGUCAACAGAGCUGGCAUUUGCUACAUUUGGAGCGAAGAAGACGGAAGAUGCAAGCAGGGCUGUGGGCACUGGUGCGAGACUCGAGCUCGCACUAGGGCUGUUGGUUAUAAGCCUGUAUGGCCCGCACUUCUGUGAAAUGUAAAGGGGAGAUUUAAUAAUACAUCUGUGAGCAAUUGAAUAGGCUUAGAACCAACAGUCCUAUCCCGAGCUCGAGCCUUGCACCAGGGCACGGAGUAAGAUAAACAGGAGAGCUUACUCCGCGGACGCUGGGGUCUAGUUCAUUCCUUUGCUCUCUCCCUUUGCUCCUCUUCACACUUUGGCACAUGCUUUUUCCUUUCCUUAUGCUCCCAGCCGACUAUUCUCCUCGCGUAGCGCUGUCUGCCGAGGCACAUAGAAAUCACCCAACAGCUUGCUUCCAUGUGUACAUGCGCUGAGUGGCAGAGGCUGGCAGUGGCAGUGGCGGUGAAAAGGCAGUGCAGCGGUGUGCGCAAAGCAUGUUGUCUGCUAGAAACACGGACCCUCGGUGUCUCGAUUCGAUAGCAAUCAAAUACAAAAAAUAUAUGCGCACAAAUGAUAAAAGCGUAAAUAAACACAUGGUACCGCUUUUUCUGCACAUAUGCAAGACAUUUGUACAUGUCUUUAGAGGAAACAGACGAAAAAUAAUGCUAUACAAAAAGGCACAACAGAAGUACUUGUUUUUCAUGCCUGAACGUCUGCGCGGAAGCGAAGGUUUGAAAUUUCAUGUUCCUCAGUUUGUUUACCAUGCCUGCAGCAUGUUUAUACAUGCCUGAUGGAACAAGACAUUUUGAUACUUGUGCGUGGAGAUAUGGAGCAACAGGGCUGGAAACAAUGAAGUGUUUUGUUCCCGGCUGUAAAUCUGGGUAUGGGAUGGGAGAAGUUUUCGCUCUUCACGGCACUAUCUGAUCUGCAGCUACUUCACCUGUGGUGACAAAAAGUUCCUAAAAGUUGGUGACUGCUCAAAGCAAAGGACAAAGUAUGUGUACAGUACUUCGAGAAGCACCAUAUUUUGGCAGGUACUUCAGUGAACACAAAGGUAAUGUCCUGCUAGACGUAAAGAAAAGGCCUCGACUUCGAAAGGGAGUUCCCUCGAAAGGUAGCCGUUCCUUCAAUUUUUGAGGGAAGCCUGGCGCAACCCAAUGACAUCUAGGUGGUGUUGGCACCUCUACACCUUCGGUUUGUUAGAAGGCCCGUCUCCCCACUUCACCAUUUUUCCUCAUCCACAGCGCCACCUGGCAAACACGCUGUGAAGCAGGAACUGGCAUUGCAGAAUGGGUCCCUUCCAGACGAGCGGAAUCGGUGCUCCUGUCUUAUCUUACUCUGUGCACCAGGGCGAAGGAAGUGCCCACGGCGCUGCUUGCAUCUUCGUCUUCUUCACUACACAUUGAUAAUCGUUUAAUGACAGACACACAGAUUUUCUUGAAACAUGUUACUGCUCUGCGAAGAAGCGUGGAAGAAGUUACUAGAGUUCAGGAAAAGAGGCCGCAGUAGGGGCCUGCCGGCACUGGUUAUGACAGCACCUUGCUACUGCCUCUAUUGAACUCUAUUUAAAUAUAAAUUUUAAAUAAUGUUAUCUGAAAAUUUCAGAUUGCUCUCUUGUAAACGUCAUGUGCACCUCUGCAAUUAGUUUUAUUUCUAUCUUGCCAUAAGUACUAUAUUUACUUGAUUCUAACCCGCACAUCAUCACUAAAAUAAUUUACUGAAAUAUGACGCCCAUUACAUUCGAAUACAAAACAAAAACAGCAAUAUUGACAAGUGAUCAUCAUUUGCAGUAAAAAUUUCUGCAAUCCAAUCCACAUGUUGCUGCAGCUGCAGAAGAUGUGUACAUUUGUUAGGCUAUAGCAUAUACGCCUUACCCUAUGGUAAGGCUGUGAGGCAUUUACGAAAUGUGGCACCCUAAAUGCUGUAGGCUGCAUUGAAGUUGAGGUGUCCUGGGUUGAAAAGAGGCCCCUGACAGCUUUUUGAUGAGCGAUACCCGGUCUGCUGUAGUUCGGAUACAAUAAGUGUUCUUUUUUUUCAAGUGGGAACAUAUCAUCCUCACUAUCUCUUAUUAUGAAAAAUUACUGAACGAACAGUCAAGGGCACUGUAUUCAUAAUUUCUUGAAGCCUGAAAACCUGGAAUCUGUGGUACAAUUGAGGAAAUCGCAUUUCUGACAUCUGGCUCCUAAGAUCAAAUGCAUGUCAGAAUCGAGGAUGCAUUACAAUCAAGUAAAUAUGGUAUUCUCAUUUGAGUGGCAUCAAAUACUUGCUUUUUGUCAAAAUAACCUCCCUACAUGCCCGUGCUCCUAUAGUAGCUCAAGUUGUUGUGGUGAAGUAGACAGUGCACCUUUAUUUUAGCUUUUGCAUAAGUCAUUUAUUUGGCUCUUUUUGAUAGGAACGUACAGUCUAGCCAGAAUUUUUAUCUGGACUGUGUUUUAAUUCCCAUAUCACAUAAUUCACACUGUAACUGUGCCUAAACUUUACCGUAAUUGCAUUCACAUCGCACUGAACUUGCAUUCAUCCUUCAAGCUUCAUUGCAAGAACAACUGAUGUAUGAUUACGUUGAGCUCCAAUGUGAUAACCCUGGUAUCUGGUCGGUUGUGAAUAGUUGGUUUAUCAAACUUGAGAUCGACUGAUCACUUUCAGCUGGUGUGGUGAUAGGAGCUUGUGAUGUGUACACCCUAGUGGGACAUUGUUAUCAGCACGACAGAUACAUAGGAAGUAGGUUGAAAAACAUAGCGGUCGAAAAAGAGGUGUCUGUGGAGCCAAGUCUUGGCAAGGGGAUCAUUGUUAUCAACAUGAGACUUUAAUGUGUUCAAUUUAGUCUCAUAUAUUUUUGCUAGGGCAAUGUAACAACAUGUUGUUUUAGCAUGACAUUUUGAAUUCACUGGCAGUAAGAGCCAGGGGCACCAUGACAUUGAGAAAUGUCCUUUGCUGCAGUGAAGCUCUGUGCAGCAUAUGUUACACUGUAAAAAAGUGGAGGCAUCCCUAUAAGGGAGUGUAGUUGAAAACACGGCCUUAACAGACAAGCUUACAGCGAACGAUGUCAUGGGCAUAGUAGUAAGAAGUAGGCUAUGUGAUGGUUUGUUAGGCUAGUUGUACAACUGAUGAUGCACCUCUUGGUUUCAUGAUGUUCGGCGACAUUCCGAAGUUCAAGCAUGGUAAUAACAUAAUAGAAUAUAAAUAUUAAUGUAACAUAAUAUAGAUUCCCUUGAAGAGUAAGUCUGUGAAGAGGGAAGUUUGAAGUAUGCAGGGAAAUUUGUCUUUCUUUUCCACAGGUUUCGUGUACUUAUGCUAACACGAACCUAGGUGGACACGGACAGAUUUGAAAGGUCCUGUCAUGUUUAUGUAUGGUUGACUUCCCUUAAUUCGUCUCUGAUAGGACAGAUGAAAUUGGUAUAAUUAUUUGGAGGGUCGAAAUAAACACAAUGCAGAAAAAAUGCCAGAACACACUGCUGACUCUUUUGGCAGCAUUUGUCCGAUACAAUUAUGCCCCAAGUGAAACGCAUGGCCACUUUCUAUGUGGCAAAAGCAAAAGAUUAAUGUGGAAAUCACAUUAAAGCUCCUAAACAAGGUAUAAAUCCAAUUCAUACCCCAUUUUUAGCAAGAAAAAUGGGAAGUGGUAAAUAUGUGUUGUACAGUGGCGGCAAGUUUUCUAAAGUCGGCUUUGUCGCAGUUCAGGUUUUAUUUAGAAGGUCAACUUCGCCGCAGUACAGUCGUGUUAUGGGGUAAAGCAUAUGAAUGCUGCGAACGCAAUUUUGAUUUUGUGUCUGAUUCAUGUGUCACAGGAAAUUUUCGGCCCAAUGUUCUUGGGGGAAAAUAUGUGCACAUCAGAAUAGGGUAAAUACCAUGGUAGGACAUUGUGAGCUACUGUUAUAGCUUGAAAAUCUUUCUAGGGCUGACCUAAAAUAGGCGUUUUGGACGGGAAAUGACACGUGUCCAACACAUUCAUUGUCCCCUAAGCUCUGUGGAGACGUGCUGCCACUAAAGCAACCCUGUUGGUGCCACCAAGGGGUCAUGCAUGCGCAUGCUCACUGAUCAAGUUCGAAUAAUCUGGCAAGGGCCAAUUUUAGGAUUGAAGUAAUGAAAGUUUGGGCCCAUAGAAAUAUAUGAGCAUUGGCCGGGACAUUUGGUCAUGAUCGAAUUGACCAGAGACCAAUUAAUGGACGUCUACUGUAUCUGCAAUACCCUAGUUACGCAGACAUGUUAACGCCAGUUCAGUCGAACCUUAGUUAAGCUGAACCAAAUGUACGGCUAAGGUUGCCACCUGCUCAAUUUUAGAUUUUGACAGCUGGUAAUUUGCCGUUAUGUCUUGCUUUUUUCCCAGUCCUUCAUUGAUCACUUCAGUAGAAUUCACUUUUUGCAACAGAAGUGGCUGUUCUACUUGUGGUCUACAACAACUAUGCUAGGUUACAAAAAAGACCUAGCUCUAAUAAUUCUGCCAACCAUGGUAGCAGUGUAUAAAAGUGCAGUAAGGUUUUUAUUGUGAUGUAGCACAAUUGCGGUAGACUGCAACCAUACUGGUCAAGGGAAGUCUUGAAAUGGCAGCUACAAAUACUGCGUGCUUUGAGCAGUACUUUUUACAAUGAAUGUAGCCUUUGUUUUGUGACAUUAUUCCACUUAUAUUGAAGCCAAUGACAAUAUUUUCACUGGUGUUUUGUGUUUUGCCUUCUUGAAUGUACCCAAUCUUGCUGUGCGGCAAUGUUAGCAGUAACAAAACUGUGUUGUCUCUUUAAAUAAGUACCGUGCAUGUACAAGUGUAUGUAUUCAUGUAAAGCUAUGCGUUGAUUUAGGCAUGCCAAAUGUCUCCAGCAGCAGUCAGCAUUAUUGAAGCUGCCAUCUCUGUACCACGUCACUUAUUGCAUUUGGUCUCACACAAUGUGUCUUUUCGGCACCAAAUGCAGUGUACAGAGAAGCAAUUCCUUGCAUCUCUUUAGAGUUCAGGCCUGCAGCAUAAUGUGCAUUGUGAAGCAUUUCAAACCUACUUUGCUGCAUUUUGAUUCCGAAGUUCAGCAUUCGUGUGAGAGUGCUUUUUAAUGCUAGGCAGCAUUUAGCCUACACGUUUUGAUGAGGUUUAGGCCAUAGUGGUAGAAUAACUUCGAGAUGCAUUUAUAUGGGUAAGUGAUUCGCCAGCUUUUCAUGCAAUGUGGCUUUUGAUGAGCCUGACCAUGGGGGCUGCUAUUCACAUUUAUACAUUGUGGGAUUUUAUUUGUCCAGCUUUACACGUGCGCCUUCUGUACGUGCAUGCUUGUCUUGUUUUUUGUUUUACUUGGCCCCCUUUUUUAAAUACUUCUCUGUGGCGCAAGACAUCUGCAUUUCUUUGAAAAAUUUGCAUGGAAUGUCAGCUCCUGUUAUGAAGUGCAUUUUUAGUGCCUUAAAUAGCAUUGCGGGCAAAUUCUUAUUACAGUGAGACCAAAGCAAGUACCACACUGCUUCAUAUCAGUUCUGGGAUGUAGGUCAGAUGAAAAGUGCACCCUACCUUUGCUUUUGAAAUUCAUCAUUGUGAGAUGUGCUUCGGCUGUAAUCUUACACCUUUCUCAUUCUUUGCAGUCUAACUGGUGUCAUCAAAUUCACUCUCAUCAUGAAGCCAUUCAUAUCAUGAGGCCACUUGCAGCUAUGUUUUGAUACAACCAGCCUGUAGGUAGAAUGAACAAUUACACUGCCACAUGUGUUGCCUCGGCUGAGGCAUGCAUUGUGUUGUUGCACAGAAUUAAUCAGGCAUUACACCUUGCAUCCUACGCGCAAGCUUUCGCUUCUCUAGGACUUUCGUAUAUCGCACCUGAAUAGGUUGAGAAGCCGAGACCCACCUGUGGCAAGUAUAAUGUUGCAGCAUUGGGCAUUGCAGCUCUGCUAAAGGGUGCGAAGGCAUUCCUUAACGGAGCUUUGAGUUUGUAUUGUCACUGACGGAUGAAACCCUAAUAAGAAACUUCUGUUUAUAACAACAAAAUUGGAGGAUUGUGUUUGUGGUGGGGGGACAUACAGGGUGAUCUAAAUGUAGCAAAAAGUUAAAAGUUUCAUAAUAAAAGCAUAGGCCUUAGCGAAAUGUGGUUUUCAUAUAAAUUCGCGGAAAAACACGAGGCCAUUGUUUUCCUAACUAAAUAAUUUUAUGAGCAAUAUAGUUACAUUUGUUACUGACAGGUGGCGCGUCAGUUGUGUCGGAAGCUCAGUCGGGCUGCAGCUGUGCCACCUUGAGGCACGAAGCAAAGCUGUUGAGGCUACUUUGUUUUGUAUGUUCUGUCUUCACAGCUUUCAUUGCUGCUUUAUGUUGAAUAUCUGUUUUCAUUGAGCAGGUAAUGGAAACACAGUAAAGCAUGACUGUAGCAUUCGUGUUUGCAAGAAGACAUUCUACCUGGACCACACACUUCAAGGCUGUGCUGUGUGAUCUACAUUGACUCCGAAGCCAGUUCCUGAGCAGACUAAAAUUGAAGAAUUUUCUGCCUGACAUGCUUUUUUUUUGGCAGCAGAAUUUUUUUUGUCCUUUUCUUUCUUUCUUUUGCGGCAGCUGUGUAGGCCACUACCUAGCUGGCAAUGUCAUAGUUGUGCUGUGAUGUGUGAGCUUUAAAAGAUGCCAUUCGUUACCAUGGCUGCCAGCCUGUUUCCUAACUCCUGUCAUGCAUCAACGAAACCCACCCUACCUUGACAAAAUUCCAUAUCCCAUAACUCCAGCUCGCCUUUACUACUGGCAGCCAUUGUACAGCAGCUUAGUGCUAGCCUUGAAAAAAAAAAAUGCAAUCAUUGCAUUCCACCUGCAUUAACAUAAGGGCAGAAAUCUUGGAGAGAAGCAUGAAAAGAAGUUAACGACCGCAUAACAAGCAAUGGAAUGAAAAAUGGCACACAUAAUAUUGAGAGACGGGAAGACAUUGGUGUAGAUUAGAGAGCAAAGGGAGGUAGCCAAUAUUCUAGUUGAAUUAAGAGGAAGAAAUGGAGCUGGGUAGACCGUUUAAUCUGUAGUAUGACAGAUAACUGGUGGUCUAUUACAGUAACAGAAUGGGCCCCAAAGGGGGAAGGAAAGGAUAGUCGAGGAAAGUAGAAAACUAGGUGGAGUGAUGAAAUUGGGAAAUUUGUAGGCAUAAGAUGUUGUGAGCUGGCACACAACAGGGGUAAUUGGAGAUUGCUGCAGGAGGCCUUUGUCUUGCAAGGGACAUAAAUUGGAUACUGAUGACACACUCAGUCUAAGACUCUGCUACCUCUUACUGCAUCUCUCUUCUGUUACUCCAUUAAGCUACUAGUUAUAUGUUCUACAGUGAGCUUUGUUUAUUUAUAACAACAAACAAAAUUAAAAGAAGAUACGUUACGCUUGCUGCUGUUUUGUUUUCAGACAGAUUUUGCACCAAGAUCAAAUUUGUUGGACCGCAAAGUUCAAUGUUCACCAUUUUUAUUGCCUGCUUUCUAUAGAAGAAACUUAAAGUGCAUUUUAUGUGCACUUCAAAAUUUUGGAUGCUAGCUGCUAUUGAAAUGACUGGUUUCGCUGCCUCCUGGCAAAUAAAUGUCCCAAUGAACUGGCCAAAUAGUAAUGCCAAGUGUUUCAUUUAACGGGAACAAGGCAGGGUGAAAAAUGCAGCCUCAUGAAAUUGGAGUAAAAGGAGCAGCGAGUACUAAGUCUCUUCUCAAUAUUGCUCGUGCAAAAGAGCAGGUCAGUGCUCACUGUGUAGGACCUGCUCAAUUUAGUUUCCUCUUAAUCUCACCUAGAAUAGCUUUUAUGUCUUCUGCACAAAACUUGGCGUGAGCUAGAACAUGGUGGUACAUGGAGAAAGCGAAGAGAAGAAGAGAGAGUGCAGAUGUGACGUGGAACUUCAGUGCAUUCAUUGUUACCAGAAAGAAUCUGUAGGAGACAGGUAAGGGUGUUGAGAAGGAUAAGUUGUGAUCAUGGAGUGAUGAAAAGAAAAUGAGGGACUACUGUCAUGGGUGAAUUCGAGGGAGCUCAUUUCUUUGCAGGCUCAUUGCUUUCUUCUGUGUUUCUUCUGUGUUCUCUCUUCUUAACUACAUGUGGUCCAGGCCUCUUAAGUAUGGUACCCUUCAAGUUCUAGUACUUCAAGGGUGCAUGAUUCACUAUAAGAGAAGCACAGAGGGUUUGUACAUUUGACAGACUAUUUGACCUUUGUCUCUAGGUAGACAAGGUAACUCCAAGGCAACAGAUGGACGCUUAUUGAAUUUCUUGUUGUUGUGAUGUGUAUGUGAUGCAGAAGGUGCAUUGAAGCACCACAUUUUUUAGACACUGCUUAAAGCUUUUGCGCUGUAGGUGUGUCACUAUACUGCCCUUUUUGGUAUGAUGCCUCAAGCAGCUCCUUUGCUGACUUGCAUUGUUGUUUUCACAUACUAAUUUGACAGGUGGUUACCACGGCCUGCAGUGUCGUGCUGUGUCACAUUGCAUUCACGACUGGGUCUUCAUGCAGAGCACAGAAGAACAUGCUACGCACUGGAAUCACAGGCUUCUAUUUGACUGGAUAUUUCACUUGUCUUGCUGGGGCAGCAUAUACGGUGUCCACUAGGGUAAUGCAGCAUUGGCUGAAGGAGUCGAGAAAUGACAGCUAAUUAAGAGAGGUUUGGUGCCUGAUUGUAAGUAAUUUUGUACUUGCUACCGAUGGCUGAAUUGCCCACCACUUUAAAUGUUGGCAUUUACCUUCUGUUUGGAGCAUACGUAAUUAUUGAGAAGAGCAUGUAUUGUGCAUGCUUAUUGUAUAUCUCACGGGGUCGAGUAGAUUUGUCUAGGUAGUAUUCUGUUUUCAUCUUUCUUUCUAUGAUGUUCCUGUUGAGAGUUAUACAUGGAGAGAAUAAAGAAUGUUGUUGUGUUAGAAAUUUUAUGAUUGCGCACCCCAUUAUACAAUGAAGAUAUAUAUAUAUAUAUAUAUACAUAUAUACGUAUACAACACAUUGUAUGUACUUGUAUGCAUUCCUUCUUUUUGAAUUUCUUAGGAAUGGGCAGGUGCAACUGUUUCAGUCACCGAUGUUACAUGCCUGUCCUACACGGCCUGCUCCAUGUACACGAAUGUGUGAUAUUUUUUGUGGCAACCAUAUAUUUUUCAAAGCCAUCUUAUGCAGGAAAUUGAGAUUGAUAUGUAUACCCAUGUUGAAAAUUUAGUAUAAUAAAGUGUUUAACUGGGUA